CGACAACACUCAACAACUCUCCAUCUCCAGGUUCUCCGAAAAUAGAACAUGUCUCUACCACUUCCUAGUGUGCAGACGGUCCUGGAUUGUGCGUCCUUCAACCGUACCGUCCUCCCAUUCCUCCCAAGCAUAACGGCGCUUCCGGCAAGGCUCAUCGAGGCCGGCAAAGAUGCCGACAAGCUCAGGGCAAUCUAUGUCAGCACUAACCCUCUGGUGACGGCAACUGCAUUUGCACUUGUUCUGUCUGCUCUAUUUUUGCUGGUUUCUGAGAUUACGAGGAACUAUUCGCAAGUGGACAGAUGCUGGAGCAUCCUUCCGGCGGUUUAUAAUGCGCAUUUUGCUACCUGGGCCCGCAUGAAGGGUCUUACGACAGGAAGACUGGACACAAUAGCUGUGAUAACUGCUAUUUGGAGUGUCCGCUUAACAUUCAACUAUUGGCACAAAGGAGGGUAUAAGUUCAGAUCCGAAGACUACCGCUGGUCUAUUUUGCGGUCCAAGAUCAACAGCACGUUCCUAUUUUUUCUCUUCAACGUCUUCUUCAUCAGCCUGGUCCAAUCACUGCUCCUCCUCGCAAUCUCUACGCCGUCUUAUACAUUCCUCGUCCUCUCCCAGAUUGAGAAGAACGAGCAGUUCGGCCUCCCGGACCUUAUCUUCUCACGCGUCAUGAUCGUCUUCAUCUUCAUCGAGGCCGUCGCCGAUCACCAACAAUGGCAUUUCCAACGCGCCAAGAGCGAGUACUCACAGACUGCACGUAUCCCCAAUAGAUACAAGGGACAAUUCUCCCCCGAAGACCUCGAUCGCGGAUUUGUCGUCACCGGUCUAUGGUCGUGGUGCCGGCAUCCGAAUUUUGCCGCAGAACAAAGUAUCUGGAUCACCUUGGCCCUCUGGGCGUGCUACUGUACCGAGACAUAUUUUCACUGGACCGUUUUGGGUGCCCUGGGCUACGUCCUCCUCUUCCAGGGAAGCACCCGGCUUACCGAGUCGAUCACCGCGAGCAAGUACCCCGAAUAUGCUGAUUAUCAGGCGCGCGUUGGGAAAUUCAUUCCGCGCUUCUCUGUUGAGCCCAGGAAGGGCUACGCUGCUCGUAAACGGUCAACUCCUAAGAAGAUCGAUCGCAAUGGUGAAACUGAUCAGGCCCAGCCUAGUGAGAAAAAUGUCGCUCAGGAGCUGAGAGAAAGAUGAAGGUGAAGAAAACGAUGCUAUUUCUUUCUUUUUUUUCCUGUAAAGCAUUUUCUACCUAUUUACUGUCAUUUAGAUUAAUUAGAGAGGUAUCUACUUGGAUGCAUUGAAUGGCGUUUGUUCAGGGUACGCGAUACAGUAUAUCUCUAUCAACGUUUUUAAAUAAUCUUAGAGU